GAGGAAGCACUACAAAACACUGAUAUUGCAGCAGCAUUUUUCUGCUCCCAGUUGUGUAGGAGAAUGAAGUAAGAGGCGGGUCUCUGUUCACUGAGAGAAGGAGAAACAAACUGCACUGCAAAAUGAUUCUCCUUAAACUCACACAGGGAUUAUGAGCAGCUUAACUUUCCUGCAACAAAAGGAGAAAAAGGAGACUUCAGAAAGAGAAUGUAAGCUCAGCUUCAGGCUUGCAUACAUUUUCUCGUAUAACCUGUUCCAGUUCUGUGGACACACAUGGAUACUGGCUAACACUUUAGCCAGGUUUCUCACAUUUGGUAAAGAUGCCUUAGCAGACACAUUUUACUCUGUUGGCUUUGUGAUGAGUCUGUGCCAGCUGCUGUCCAUCCUGGAGCUUUUCCAUAUCGCAGAUGGGAUUGAGAAAGCGAGACUCCUCCCUCGCUUCGUUCAAGUUAUGGAGAAGAACAUCCUGCUGAUCAUGGUCAUCAUGUUGGAGGAGAUCCAGAGUAAACCAGUCGUGUGUGCGCAGUUCUUCUUGUGGAACAUACUGGACCUCCUACGGUACCCACAUGAGCUACUGUGUGUUAUGGAUAAACCUUCCAUCGCCAUGCUGUGGACUCGCUACACACUCUGGAUCCCCUUAUACAUCCUAUCAGUGGCCACUGAAGGUGUCACCAUAUACCAGGCCCUGCCAUAUUUUGAGCCGGCAGCACCAAACUCAUCGUCUUUGAACUCAACAUUGUCAACACACAUUCACCUGCCCUUCCUCUUGAUGGUCUACCUGCCUGUUCUGGCUCUUGGGGCCUCUGUAUCAGUCUGGCAACUGCUGAAGGAGAGACAACACCACCUGGAGAAAUGGAACAAGAAGAAGAAAAAGAAAUGACACCUGCACAAUGAAUGUUUGGAUCACUUAAAUCUUUCAGGAACUGUGAUGGUCAAGUUUUUUUUUUUAAAGAUUAUGAGGACUGUCACUUUGUAAUUUUAGGGAGUUGAGGGUCAUCAAAAUGUGUGAUCACUAAAAUCUAUAUCUUUAACUCGAGAGCCAGAAAAAUCAAAUUUAACACCAAUAAGUAUUUCCUGCAUUUGAUGAAGUUUUAAUGGGAACAAUUGUUUUAACAGCAGUCAGUGAAUCCACGUCCAGCAGAUGGAGGCAGGACAGGCGCAGCUUGAGUGUGUUAAAGCUCCAGUCAUGUUUUUGUGAAGGACCUCUGUAUGCAUUGCCAGGGAAACAGUCUGUAGUGUCUCCUCUGGGCUACCAUCCGUAUGCUCUGGUCCACACAGCUUUCUUCUUGAACUCAGUGGAGGACUUCAGGGCCAACAGGGCAGCUGAAACAACAAGGAUCAGAUAAAUCAAUUGGAACGAAUCCAGUUUGUAAUCAAACAAGAAGUUUCAUCUCUGCCAAGAAUGUUGUUUGCUCCUGUGAAUGUAUGAUGUAAAUGGAAAGACAGGGUGGGUUUUGGGGUUUCUGCUACUUACUGCCAAUCUUGAUGUUUACAUGAUGUGAUGGCUUUAAGUUGCCAUUCCAUAAAAAACCAAAAUCAGUG